AUGGCAGCUUUACAGCAACAUUGGAAAAAUUUAAGUGUUUCACUAGCUGAUGCUAUAUUAACUAUUUCUAUGAAUAGACCUAAAGUUAAUGCAAUGUCUUUUGGAUUACUCACUGAUCUUGAACAAGCUUUUGAUCAUGCUUCAAAAAUUGAUCAUAUUAAAGGUGUUCAUCUACGUUCUGGUCUUGGUCUUUCUGAUAUGCAUGAACGAUGUGUUAAACGUCAUCGACCAACAAUUGAUAAAUUCGUCUUCGAUACAAUUAGCCGCGGUGCAACAGUGCCUCUUUGUUGUUCAAAACCAGUUGCUUGUUCACUUGAUGGUCAUACUCUUGCAUGUGAUUAUAUUGCUAUAGGUACACGAAAACCAUUUCGCAUUAGUGUCACAGAAUUAGCUGUUGGUGUACCAUUUCCUACAAUACCAUUUGAAAUUAUGCGACAUUAA